UCCUACCCAAACUGCCCCGCCCCGCGCCAGUUAUCCAUCCACGCCUCCUCCUCAAUGCUCCUCCUCCUGCCCCGUGCCCCGCCUCUGCCGGCCCUCCGCCAUCGACGCCUCCUCCUCCCGCCCCCACGCCCUGCCACCGCUGGGGAGCGGGUGCCGCUGCUGCACCCCGCUGGUCGUCCUCUCCCUCCCCGCCACCGCCGAAGAGCGGGCGCCACGCCACCGCUGGGGAGCGGGUGCCGCUGCUGCGCCCCGCUGGCCCUCCUCUCUCCUCCCCGCCAUCGCCAGAGAGCGGGCGCCGCCGCUGCACCCCACCACCCUGGGGACAGGGUGAUGGAGCUCCCAAUACUAACCAACUAAAGAUUUUAACUGCUUCCCUUUGUAGAUUUUGAAAGAAGGAGAUACGUCAAACCAUGGGGAAGAGCAAGGCGUCCGCUAAGCCACCCCUAUGACAUAGAUGAACAAGCUCGACGCUGUCUUUUCCUGCCCAUUCUGCAAUCAUGGGAGCAGCAUUGAAUGCCGGAUUGAUAUGCACAACCUGAUUGGUGAGGCUACUUGUCAAAUCUGCCAGGAAAGCUUCAGCAUCACUGCAAAUGAUUGUACCUUCGUCAGACCGCCGUCCUCACCCCAUCAUCGUGCACCCCCGCCUGUCUGCUCACGCAUUCACAUUGAGGAAGAUGAUGAGAACCUCGGCCACGCCACCAUCCUCUCCCCGUCAUCAUCCCUUUGCAGCUUUUCCUGUCCCGACCGCCGGAGCUUCUCGCCGCAGGGCACAAGCACCUUGCAAUCGCGGUGUGCUUCUCCCCUAGUGCUGUCAUAUAGACAUCUUGCAAAAAGAGAGCUUCACGGAGCUUCACACAUUCGCACUGAGGAAGAUGAUGAGAACCUCGGCCACGCCGCCAUCCUCUCCCCGUCGUCAUCCCGUUGCAGCUUUUCCUGUCCCGACUGCCAGAGAGCCUCGCCGCUGGGUACAAGCACCUUGCAGCUGUGUGCUUCUCCCCUGGUGCUAUCAUAUAGACAUCUUGCAAGUAAGUGACCGUCAAUCCAACUGUUGUCUUUCUCUUCACUAGAUUUUAGUUGCUUUCUUACUUUGUCUCGAAGAAACAUCAUUUUUAAGUGUAAUUUAUUAUAGCUCACAAUCACAGAUUACUGUAAUGCAUAAUUACUUUGCAUGUGUCAGCCAUUCUGAAUAGGGAACAUUCUUACGGGACAUCAUGUUCACUUGGCAUACUUACUGGAUUGAGGAAGAAAUUUUGAAAUGUUUCUCAAACCAGAGUGUUUUAUUAGUUGCGGGCUUUGGGUAGUUCAGCAUGUUCGACUGAGCUUAAUUC